AUGUCCAUCUAUUUAAGCCAGUUCUCAUAUAUCUGUAUUCUUCUAUUCAUAUCUAUCUAUCUAUCUAUCUAUCUAUCUAUCUAUCUUCACAUCUAUCUAUCUAUCUAUCUAUCUAUCUAUCUAUCUAUCUAUCUAUCUAUCUAUGUUCAUAUAUUCCUAUGUAUCUAUAUUCACAUAUUCGUAUCUAUCUUCACAUAUUCGUAUCUAUCUAUCUAUCUAUCUAUCUAUCUAUCUAUCUAUCUAUCUAUCUUCACAAAUUCAUAUCUAUCUAUGUUCACAUAUUCAUAUCUAUCUAGCAAUCUAGCUAUCUAUGUUCAUAUAUUCCUAUCUAUCUAUAUUCACAUAUUCAUAUCUAUGUUCACAUAUUCAUAUCUAUCUAUCUAUCUAUCUAUCUAUCUAUCUAUCUAUCUUCUCACAUAUUCAUAUCUAUGUUCACAUAUUCAUAUUUAUCUAUCUAUCUAUCUAUCUAUCUAUCUAUCUAAGACUAUUAAUAUCUAUCUAUCUAUCUUCAUAUAUUCAUCUCUAUCUAUUUAUCUAUGUUUACAGAUUCAUAUCUAUCUAUGUUCAUAUAUUCAUCUCUAUGUUUACAGAUUCAUAUCUAUCUAUCUAUGUUCACAUAUCUAUCUAUCUAUCUAUCCAUCCAUCUAUCUAUCUAUCUAUCCAUGUUCAUAUAUUCCCCAUCUAUCUAUAUUCACAUAUUCAUAUCUAUCCAUCCAUGCUGACAUAUCCACAUCUAUCUAUCCAUCCAUCUAUCUAUCUAUCCAUCUAUCCAUCUAUCUAUCUAUCUUCAUAUUCACAUCUAUGUCCCCAUAUCUAUCUAUCUAUCUAUCUAUCCAUCUAUCCAUCCACAUAUUCAUAUCUAUGUUCACAUAUUCAUAUCUAUCUAUCUAUCUAUCUAUCUAUAUUCACAUAUUCAUAUCUAUGUUCACAUAUUCAUAUCUAUCUAUCUAUCUAUCUAUCUAUAUUCACAUAUUCAUAUCUAUGUUCACAUAUUCAUAUCUAUCUAUCUAUCUAUCUAUCUAUCUAUCUAUCUAUCUAUCUAUAUUCAUAUCUAUCUAUCUCUGUUCACAUAUUCAUAUCUAUCUAUCUUCACCAUUUCACAUAUAUCUUCAGCUAUUCAUAAAUAUUAAUAUAUCUGUCUAUGAAUCUAUCUUCACCUAUUCAUAUCUAUCUAUCUAUCUAUCUAUCUAUCUAUCUAUCUAUCUAUCUAUCUAUCUAUCUAAUUUCUUUAUCACUUUCUUUCUUUCUUUCUUUCUUUCUUUCUUUCUUUCUUUUAUUCAUUCUGUUUUUUCUUUUUCUUCUCGGUUAAUUUCUCACAUUGUCUUUCAAUCUCUCUCUCUCUCUCUCUCUGUGUUUCUUUGUUUCUUUCUUUCCUUUCUUUCUUUCUCGCUUUCAUUUUUCUUCUUUUUAUUUCCUUUUUCUUCUUUCUUUUUCUUCUUCCAAUUUUUCCUUGAUUUCUUCUUUUUUCUGGUAAAAGUCUCUUCGCCAAUUUCUAUUAUAACUAAUAUCUUCAUCACCAUUUUAUUCCUUAUUUUGAUAUUUCUAUACUUUUUUCUUUUUUAUUCUUUCUUUCUUUCUUUCUUUCUUUCUUUCUUUCUUUCUUUCUUUCUUUCUUUCUUUCUUUUUCUCUCUCUUAGCGAUUUCAUUUUUCUUUUCUUUCUUUUCUUUUCUUUCUUUCUUUCUUUCUUUCUUUCUUCUUUCUUACAAUCUCUCCAGAGCUAUUUUCAUUUCGUCUUUUUUCUUUCUUUCUUUCUUUCUUUCUUUCUUUCUUUCUUUCUUUCUUUCUUUCUUACAAUCUCUCCGAGCUAUUUCAUUUUCGUCUUUUUCUUUCUUUCUUUCUUUCUUUCUUUCUUUCUUUCUUUCUUUCUUUCUUUCUUUCACGUUUUCCUUUCAAUUUUCAUAAUGUUGAAUUCUCUUUCUUUAUUUAACUCUUUCAUGUUUUCCCCCUCCACUUCACAUAAUAUUCUUUCUUUCUUUCUUUCUUUCUUUCUUUCUUUCUUUCUUUCUUUCUUUCUUUCUUUUUUCUUUUUUCUUUCUUUCAUUCUUUCUUUCUUUCUUUCUUUCUUUCUUUCUUUUUUCAUUCUUUCUUUCUUUCUUUCUUUCUACAAUCUAUUCCUUUUUUGUCUUUUUUCGUUCUUUUGUCUUUCUCCCUUUCUUAUACUUUCUAUCUUCCAAAAUUCAUUUCGUAACUAA